AUGGCCAGCAAGAUUGUCCUGAUCACCGGUGCGAACUCCGGAGUUGGCUUUGCCACAAGCAAGUUCUUCUCAUCCCAGCCCGGCUAUCAUGUGAUCAUGGCCUGCCGCGACGCGCAAAAGGGGAAGAAAGCCCUCUCCGAAAUCCAGAGUGCCGGGGAAGUCAAAGGAUCCCUGUCGCUCCUUGAGCUCGACGUCGACAGCGACGAGUCAAUUAGGACCGCAUUUGAAGCCGUGAAGAAAGAGUUCGGCAAAGUCGACGUCCUCCUUUCCAACGCCGGCGUGAUAGCCCUCGGCAGCGAGGGUCGUGAAAAGCUCACCCGCAUCUUCCAGACCAAUGUCGCGGGCGCGUUUCUAUUCGCCGAGGCCUUCACCCCUCUUCUGCUCAAGUCAUCCAAGCCCUACCUGAUCCAAGUCUCCAGUUCGCUCGGAUCAUUGGCGUGGUCGUCGGACCCCAACAAUCCCUACUACCAUUCGGCGUGGGAUGAGUACCGGAUGAGCAAGGCGGCAUUGAACCUGGGUACAAUCCAGCAGCACAAGCGACUCCACAGUCAGAAUGUGAAGGUCUUUGCUUUCUGCCCUGGCUUGGUGAGGUCGAACUUGCGAGGCGAGGCGGAGGAGGCGGUUAGUGCGGGUGGAAAUGCCGGAGACCCGCUCGACUCUGCGAAGGCGCUUUUUGACAUUGCAGAGGGCAAGAGAGAUGCAGAUGCAGGAAAGUUCGUUAACGGGGCUGGGGUCAUUCCGUGGUAA